UACGUAAUGAUUGUCAAUCUAUUACAUCGAACGUUAGGUUGGGUUAGGUAGGUAGGUUCAUAACCGUAUGAGCUACUAAAGUCUAAAGCAUGUAUAUCGAAACAUGUCGAACAAGGCGGUCUCACGCACACUCCUUUUCUUUCCGCCUGUUUUUUUUCUUCUUUUCCCACAUACCGUCUGAAGCAAUAUAUGCAUAUCCAUCGUAUCCCACAGUAAAGUUAACUUAGGUACUAACAGUUCCUAUCGGUUAAUAAAAGGUAACAAUGGCAUCUAAAAUGAAAGCCCUAGUCACUGUCGAAGGAAAGACAGCGCAGGUUCAGGACGUAGAUGUCCCAAAACCUGGCGGAGGAGAAAUCAUAGUCAAAACCCACUACGUUGCUCAAAAUCCUACGGACUGGAAGAGUAUGCUGUCCGUGCCCCCCGGCCGAAUUUUAGGAUGCGAUUUCGCCGGCACAGUUCAUGACAGCAACGGUUCCCACUGGAGAGAAGGACAGCGUGUUGCCGGCUUCGUAUUCGGAUCCUCCACCAACCCAACUCGAGGGGCCUUUGCAGAAUACGUCGCUACAGAGGCGAGCUUGGUAUAUCUAAUCCCAGACAAUAUUUCCUACCAAGAUGCCGCCGCGAUCCCCCUAGCUUUUGCAACCGCCGUGCAAGCUCUAUUCCAGAGGUUGAAGCUGCCGGAGCCGAGCAACCCAGCUAAAAAUGUCUUCCCUUUCCUCGUCAACGGGGGUACGUCAAGCGUCGGCCAGUACGCCAUCCAACUAGGCAAACUAGCCGGCGCCUUUGUCAUUGCUACCGGGUCCUCUCAGAAUCACGAGUUGCUGAAGUCGCUGGGUGCUGAUGCUGUCAUUAACUAUAAGGACCCGAAUUGGACCGAAGAGGUUCGAAAGCUCACUCACAACGGACUCGAGCUCGUUCUCGAUUGCAUCAGCCAGCCUAGCACGGUAGAGGCAGUUUCAAAGACUCUGUCUCCAACGAAAGGCGGCCACAUCGUUACCACCCUCGCUGUCGACAAGAUCAGGGAAAAGAUCGAAAACGAGAAAGUUAAACUGGAGAGCACUAUCGUGUAUACAGUAUUUGGGCGUCCUAUAAAGUACGACUCAUUCGACAACUGUGGAGAGCCGACUCCGCAGGAUAAGGCAUUGUGGGAGAAGUACCUGGCCAUGCUCCCAGAGUUGCUCUCUAAGGGUAAAAUCAAGCCCAACAAAGUGAGAGAGCGGGGUGGCCUUGAUAGCAUAUUGGCCGGCUUAAAGGAGCAUCAAGAGGGCAAAGUCAGAGCUGAGAAGUUAGUUUACAAGAUUUCAUAGGCUAUUAGCGUCAAAAGAAGUUAGGAGGUACAUAGAAUCGUAGGCACAUGUCACCUUUUCAUAUCACAACUUUAUGAUUCUAUUUUAUCGUUACCACCCCGUACGAUCCCUGGUCAAACAACUCAGCAUGGCCCUAUUAGCUUCUUCUUUGUCAUCCCAGCCUCAAC